CCUUCUCAUCGGAAAAUAUGGAAAUGGGAUAUUUCCUGCCGGCCUUCGCAUUGUCAUAAGACGCAUUUCUAUAUUACAUUUACAGCAUUAACGGUAUUUUUUUUUUCGGUUACCUACUAAUAUCACUUUACUUCUUCAUAAUUAUACUUUUCAAUUCAUUAUAAUUAUGUUUGCCACCCUUAACCAAUAACAACAGUCAAGAAACCAGGCGAAGACCAUGCCAAGGGCAGGUUUUAUUAUUAACUCUAUACGUAUUCCUUGCACUGACAGAUCGCUCACAAUAACUGUUACAUGUUACCUGCACAAUAAGUAUCGAUGUAAGUAAAUCUCUGAUACGUGAUGUUAACGACAGAUUAUUCGUGGGAGUGAGUGGAGGGAUGGCGAGAGCGGGAUAGAGGCAGCGGUGGUGGUGCAUGACUGUACUGGGAUGUUGUUAGGGCAGAAUCUUCCACGACGACUGCCCAGGACCAACUCAAGCCGUGUACUCGUGGCAACCUGGCUGGUGUUUUCUCUUGUAAUCGGGACUGCCUACCGUGGCAACCUCACCGCAUUCCUCACGCUACCGAAGUACCCACCCCGAGCUGAGACACUUGAACAACUCGUUGCUGCGACUGACAGAAUAACGAUGCCACCAUACGGAAUAGUGUUCAAAAAUUUCUUCAGCAAGUCAGAUUCACGUCUGUUCCAAAGACUGGCAGAACGAAUAGAAUUCGUUCCAACAGUAGUCGUCGGACAAGAAGAAGCCAUUCACAAGAACAGACAAGCACACAUGGAAAACCGACGUUACCAGCAGCUGAAGAUAGCAGAGAGGUUCACCAAGGCGGAUGGGACCCCCAAAUUAUACAUUGGUCGGGACAGUAUGCUUCCUGGCCAGGCUUCCUGGCCUAUUCCUCAUGAUGCUCCCUACAAACCCAUCUUAAAUCGCUGCCUCAUGGCUGUCAUUGAGGCUGGACUGUAUGAGAAAUGGAGCAAGGACCUGUUGUACCAAGUCCAGAUGAACAGCCGCAGGAGGCAGCAGCAGCAACGGGCGCAGCAACAGGAGGAGGAAGAGUCUCAGAAAGAGACAGAGUCAGGCAGUGGCAUCAAGGCUCUCACCAUCACACACCUGCAGGGAGCAUACAUGCUCCUCCUCUUGGGCUCUGGUCUUGCAGGACUUGUCUUUAUCACGGAGGCCUUUCCCAAGUGGCUUUUGCAGGGAAAAAAGGUAUAUAAUUAAGACAUCCCACAGUUAUGCUAGCCAUAUACAAUAGUUCAUCAUGCCAGGUCAGCUGACUGUGUGGCACUGAAUGAACACUGUGGAAUGGCAUUUAGCCAUGAACUCUUUGGCACAAAUUCAAUGUAAUUUUAAGUGAGAGUGCAGUACAGUAUCAUGUUUGCAAACGAGCAACCAAAACUACUAUUUUAUAAAUAUUAGACAUGUGGAAAACAAUAGGUUGUAUUAAAAAUCAUGAUAAAGACCACAAUGGGUGGUCAAAAACUGUCAGGAAUAAGGAAAACAUUGAUUGACUCAGAACAAGUCUUGGAUGCUCUCUACAAAAUUCAAAACAGUGAUUAUAUCACAAAAGUUGGGAACCCACUGUAAGGGCUGUAAUGAGCGGGAUGGUUGUCCACCGCUCGUUUGCUUGCUCACGGACCCACUAGAGGGGUAAAUGGAGGUGAAAAGGUCGCUGCUGCCUCGUCGCACGCCAGACACGAUCCAGCCAUCACCACAGCUGUACUUCGCCCCGCUGUUCGAUUCCAACUCUGGCUGUGUACUCAUCUGAGGUUCCUGGGGCUCGUGGGCUGAUUCCCCAGUCCUUCACUAUACGGCUGUCAACUCCGGUCACCUACUCAAGCUACUGCUGCGCUGCCACGUGAUUGCCACUUCCUCCACGCCCUAUCCACCAUUCGUGCCCUGGCAUCUCUCCUGUGUGGCAAGACAUCGCCCACCAAUGCUGGUGCCAAGUGAGGAAGCUGCCCUGGACCUUCCCCCUGAGAGUGUAUCACCGCGUUACCAGAACAUUCCACUGUGCUGGUUAGGAGAAAGAUUUAUCGGCAGCCAUAGGAAGUACCUGUUCUUUGUUGUAUUGACUGUUUUGUUUUAAGUAAUUGUUUGACUCCAGUGCUGUUUAUUUAAUAUUUGUGUGAGCGGUGUCAGAGUUAAAUUAUUGUGAUUAUUUUCGUAGUAAAGAAAUGUCAAUCUCUAAUGGUUGUUUAUUACUCCUUGGAAACCCAUGGUUCUUGACUUUCCUUUUUAUAAGAUCCUCAUUAGGCUGGCAAGGGAUUUAUAUCCCGA